AUGCCACGAACCUUCCCGGCGAUAUCCAUCCUCGAGGUGGAGCGAAAAUUCCGCUCGCUUGCACGAAUCAUACAUAACGAGUACUUCGAUCGAUCGAGCCUUCUCUCUUUAGCAGGCAUUUGGGUUAGGCAACGGAACGGACAAUGGGAGGCAAAGGUCAAAAAGGGCGGCAACUUCACCAAUUCGAGAUUUGAGGAGCUUUUAGAUCCUCGCGAUAUCUCAAAAUGCAUUAAGGAUCUCACGGGAAUUGGAUACACAGAACAAGAAACGUUUGGACUCGAGCGGAUUGCAAUUCUCUCCACGACGCGGAAAGCCUGGGUAGCCGAUAAUGAAUUUAGAAUUGUGUUGGACACUAUAGACUUCGGUCACACCGUUGGCGAAGUUAAGUUACAGCAUCAGGUAAAUUUCGAGGCCACGUCGGGUUUGUCUAUUGAACAACAGAAGCAGAGAUCAAUGCAAGCGAUGGACGAUAGGGUUGCCAAGUUUAUGGAACGAUAUGCAUGGGCAUUUUGCCAAGGGGUGCCAAAAGGGAAACUGACGGCGUAUUUUGAGCGCAACGCUAUUUAA